CUAAUUUAAUGUAGCGUCGCUAACCCAAGCAUAAAAAUUGUCAAUGUCGCUUGCUUAUUUACGAUUUUGGCAAAUUGCCAGCAAAUCUGGCGAAUUAUUAGUUAAAUGUGUAGCACAACACCCUCACCAUGUACACGGUCAAGUCGGAAAUCUACAGUGAGACCAACUAUCAGACAGAGUGCAGUGCAGACGGUCACAUUGUCUCCAAAUUCCGUUUUCGUUAUCCUGGCGCACGAAAUGACAACGCCAAAGCAACUGUAGACAACGAUGGUGACCUCGAGGUGCAGCGUCCCAGGCGCGGCACCAUUGAACUUGAGCAUUCCGAUGCCACCGAGCUGAAAUUGGUGGGGCUGCAGGUGUGGCGCGGUGCGCUGCUGCUGGCUGAUUAUGUGUUCCAUCAGCGUGAAGAGCUGGCCAGCAAGACGCUCAUGGAGCUGGGCGCAGGCGUGGGACUCACCAGCAUUGCGGCCGCCAUGCACAACGGCGGGCAGGUCUACUGCACGGAUGUGAAUCUCGGCAGCAUACUGCAGCUAAUGCGGAGCAAUGUCCAGCGCAAUGCCCAGCUGCUCCGUGGCCAGGUGGCGGUGCUCGAGUAUGACUUCCUGGCAUCCAAGUCCAAGCUGAGCCCUGAGCUCCUCGCCGCCAUUGAUGCCAGCGAUGUGAUAAUGGCAGCGGAUGUCAUCUAUGAGGAUACGCUGACCGAUGCCUUUGUGGCCGUCAUGGAGCACAUCUUUGCACGUGGCCAGCAGUCGGGCAGGCCCAAGUGCAUCUUUGUGGCCAUGGAGAAGCGUUACGUCUUCACCCUGGAGGACUGCGACUCUGUGGCGCCCAUGUGGGAGCACUUUCUCAGGCAGACGGCGCACAAGCCGUGGCUAAUGGAGCAGCUCCCGCUCGACUUUCCACAGUAUUUCGAAUACGAGCGUUGCCCGCAGCUGAUCCUGAUGCGCAUAACCUGCCGCUGAUUAAAGUCCUUUUUGUACAGUUUCCAUGUAGAGCUGGGCGCGUGUCGCAUUUUGCGACAAUUCACGAACACGAACACGAACAAAUAUUAAUUGAAGGUAGAGAUGGGCACGAGUUGACACGACACGAACACGAAAAAACAUGCACUAUCGGAAAUAUGAAUAGAAUAUAGAGAUGGGAACGAGUUUACAUGACACGAACUCGAAAAAGACACGCACGACUUUUAGAUUACUUUUGCUCACGAUAAAAUACAUAUAUCUACGAACUCGUAAAGGGUAUAAAGAAAGUAUACUAAGUAGGUCUAUCUUAAAGGUCUGCAUGAUCGGGUCGCCAUAUCAUAUAGCUGUCUAUGGAACUAUAGAUCCCAAAUGGAAAUUUUAUAUAAUUUUCAUUAGCUUUUAUAAAUAUAUAAUAUCUCUAUUAUGAUACUUAAAGUCGUGCUUGUUCGUGUCCCUAAAGAGAACACGACACGCGCUCAACUCCAGUAAAAAAAAAUGAAGCUUUAAAUCGUCAGCCCUCAAACUUAUAAAUAAAAAUUGUUAGAUUUAUUAGUUGUGUAAAGAGGAUGCAAUAAAUAUAAAUAUUUAAUAAUGUUAAACAA